AAAUGUACAAAACAUAAUUAAACAGGUAAUUUUAUAAUUAAAUUAUGACUAAUGUAGACGGUACUUAACUGAAAAUUAGUCUUAACCAUAGUCUUAACGUGGUGAGUGGUCUUAACUAUGGGGUCUAUGUGGGCCCGGUGGGGCCAUAAGGUGGCCAAUCACAAAUAACCAAAAGCCUUCCUUCUAUUUGACAUUUGUUAUAGCCAUGGGAACGUCAAACAAAACGCAAACGGCAAAUGUCAUAUUAUCUGAAGCGAAAAAUCAAAACAAACGGUUUUUCAGUCCAUUUUGAAGUGAAUUUAUAAAAUAAUUGUGCUAUUUACAAAAAUAAUUAGAAGUGUAUACCAUUAAACGCAAUGGAGGGUGCUUACAAGGAUAAAUAUACAUUUAUAGGGGAAUGGUACGAUAAUCAAGCAAGUCUGAUCAGGCGGUUCAACGUUUUUUACUAUCCUACCGAUGAUACAAUUGAAAUGUAUGAUCUAAAAAAUAGGAAAACAUUUCUCAGGAGAGUUAAAGUGAAUGGUGUAACUCUAGAUAACUUUUUUAUUGGAAGUACUCUUUAUAUACUAGGUAGAUUAAUUAAAAUAACUGAUUUUGCAUGUGAGGAUACAAAGAAAAAGCUACACAAGGAUAUGCAAGUAACAUUUGCAUUGAUAAAACCAAUACCAACAAGAAUUGCUGGAAAGAUAAUAACUCAUUUCUAUGAACAUGGUUUAAAGAUAACAAAGAUGAAGAAAGCUUGUGUUACAUCAGACGAUGUAUCAUUUCUGUGUAGAUCCCAAGUUUCUGACAAUACAUUUCCAUUUCUUCUAGAAUAUCUUAGUGGAAAUCAAGUUUAUGGUAUGGAAUUAGUGGGUAAAGAUGCAGUAGCAGUUGCUAUGAAGGUCCUUGGUGAUAAAGACCCAUCUAAGGCUGAACCCGGAACAAUCAGAGCCCUCUUUGGGUCAGAUCCAGUGAGAAAUUGUGUCCAUGUUUCAUCAGACCCUGAUGGUGCUAUUCAGGAUAUUGAAUACUUCUUCCCACCUCCACCUCAACACUUAUCAAGACUCAGGCUUACAGCUACAUUGUCUAAUUGUACAUUAUCUAUUAUCAAGCCACAUGCAAUAAGAGAGGGAAAACUAGGAGCAGCUUUAGAAGCCAUAGAUGAAGGAGGCUUUGAUAUAACAGCAUUGAAUAUGUUUAUGGUAGAAAAUGUUAAUGCGUCUGAGUUCUAUGAAGUUUAUAAAGGAAUAGUACAAGAAUAUAAGGGUAUGGUAGAAGAACUAGCAAGUGGUCCUUGUGUAGCAAUGGAAAUAGUGGCCAAGGAUAAGAAUCUCAAUACUGCUGUAGAGUUUAGAAAAUUGGUUGGACCUUCAGAUCCAGAUAUUGCAAGGCUGUUACGUCCACAUACUAUAAGAGCGAAACUCGGUAAAACUAAAGUACAAAACGCAAUCCAUUGCAGUGACCUAGCAGAAGAUGGUUUGCUAGAAGUGGAAUAUUUCUUUAAGAUUUUAGACUUAUGAACGGAAGAGGCUGCUAUUUCGAUUUUUUAAAAAUCACAAAGAGGAUUUUAAAAUGCACUGUUUGGUUUUGAAUUUAAAAUUAAUGGAGAGUGAAAUUAACACUUCCUGUGUUGACUAUUAAGUUGAUCUUGUAUGAGGCCAAUGAAAUUUAACCUUAUUAUUUUAUAAACUGAUUUGGUCACUUUUAUUACAAAAAAUACAUAAUACUUAUAUACAAAGCUAGUCUGAAAAUUAUAAGAUAAUUUAUCUACCUAAUGUUAAAGACUGAUCUCGAUUUUUGUUGCUCUUUUGAUUGCAGCUUUAAUAA